UCAUGAAUUCAUUUAGUCAAUAAGUGAAGGUGUGUGUGUGGUGGGUUUGUGAAUAAUUUUCUGUGAAAAAUGGCAGACAACGAACAGAAAGCGAUGCAGCUGAUGGCUGAAGCCGAAAAGAAGCUUAAUUCUUCGAAAGGAUUUUUCGGAUCGUUGUUUGGAGGCUCGUCGAAAUUAGAAGAGGCAGUUGAGUGUUAUCAAAGAGCUGCUAAUAUGUUCAAAAUGGCAAAGAAGUGGGGGCAAGCGGGAAAUGCGUUUUGUGAAGCUGCGAAUCUUCAUGCAAAGUCGGGCAGUCGGCAUGAUGCAGCCACUAACUUUGUUGAUGCUGCCAAUUGCUACAAAAAGUCGGAGCCAGAACGUGCUGUUGCAAGUCUAUUGAGGGCCAUUGAAAUUUACACUGAUAUGGGACGAUUUACAAUGGCUGCAAAACACCAUCAGUCAAUUGCAGAAUUAUAUGAAACAGAAAAUGUUGACCUGGAACGUGCUGUACAACACUAUGAACAAGCUGCAGACUAUUUCAAAGGAGAAGAAAGUAACUCUUCAGCCAACAAAUGCCUCUUGAAAGUUGCUCAUUAUGCAGCCCAGUUAGAAGAUUAUGAAAAAGCAAUUAAAAUAUAUGAACAGGUUGCAGCCACAUCACUCGAUAGUUCACUGCUGAAAUACAGUGCAAAAGAAUACUUUUUCCGUGCUGCACUUUGUCAUCUCUGUGUUGAUGUGCUCAAUGCACAGCAUGCUUUGGAACGUUACCAGUCCAUGUAUCCGGGCUUCCAGGAUUCUAGGGAAUAUAAACUUAUCAAGGUUUUAAUUGAUCACAUGGAGGAGCAGAAUGUUGAUGGUUUCACAGAAGCAGUGAAAGAUUAUGAUUCAAUUUCACGACUUGAUCAGUGGUACACCACUAUUCUGCUACGCAUAAAGAAACAGGUUAAUGACAACCCAGAUCUUCGCUGAGUCAGAGCUUUCUAUUUGUGUGCAUCCUUUGUACUUGAACUGUCUUUUGGCACUUCCCACAGUAAUUUUUUAGGGUGCAAACAACUUAAAUAUAGAAGAGACUAUUAAAAAGCCAGAAAGAGCUGCUGUUUUAUGGAGUUGGUAUUAACUGAACUUUAUUUACAAGUACAGUUAAGCAUGUCUUAUUUCUCCUCAUUUUUAAUGAAAUUUCAGAAUACCAAAGACACUAUAGACAAAGGAAAUCUUUUGUUCUAAAAUAAUGGAUGGCCACUUUUUACACCAUGCAAUAAACAGACAAUAUUUUUCCGAAACACAUUUAUCUUGAUACAUGAAUUCAUGUAUGAUAAACUGUAGAGGUGUCACAAGCUUUCCAGAAGCAGUUUAAUAAAACACACACACACACACACACACACACACACACACACACACACACACACACACUACCUGCCUGUGUUUGUUAGUUUCUUGUAGCUAGUACCAUUCCUUCAUUUUUAUUCCAGUAAGGGCAGAGGUUUCUGUCAAAAGUUUACUGUAGUUAAACAGUGCAUGUGUAGUAUCUUAAUUUCAUUUUAACUAUGGUUGAUCCUUCUCCAUACCCGUAAAGCAGUAGUUUUUGUUUCUAAUAUUAAUUAUUGAUACAUUUCUGGAAAGCUUGUAGUGAAACUACACUUUGUGUACUACUAUGAUGUUGGCUUUGAGAAAGUUGUUGAAUGUUGCAGGUGAAAAUAAUAUAAAAUAUUGUCUAGUAGUGAAGUUGGUUUUUUGCACUUUUAUUGUUAAUGAAUUCAUAGAAAAAUGGCCUUGUACUAUUACUGCCACAAAGAACCAGUGAUCAACAAAUUAACACUUCACAAUCAAUAAUUUAAGUAUAAGAAAAGAAGUGUAUUCAGUACAUGUUCUGACUGAGCACUGUGCUGAAUUAAACAAGCAUUGUCUAUUAAUGUUUUUAGUCUUUAUAAAUGUUGUAAAUUGAGCCUGCAGUGGUUAGAUUCCCAGAAUAUUAGAUCUUUUUGCAUAAUAUAUACAAGGUGGCAAAUGCUGAAGUAGACAUUGAUUGGAAAGCAUAUUGUGUAUGUUAAUUUCUUUUUGUAGUGGAGUUGUAAUACUGACAGGUAUUAUCAUUUUAUUGAUAGUCAUCACUGAUUGUUUUCUACAUGCAUUGUGACAAAUGUGUGCUCACAUACAUUUCCAAAGUUCAUUGAAAAAUCUGAUCAUGUAUUUUUUUCCUUUUUCUAAAUUAUCAUGUUGUUAUUCUGUAAUAUUUUGAUAAAAUGUAUUUAUGUGGAUGUUUUAUGUGAGAUGGAGGCACAGUUACUUAUUAUUUUUUGUUUUUUUUUUUUUAGAUAAUUUUUAGUAAUGUGUGCAGACUGUAGUUUUGGGUUAGUGCAUCGGUAAUGUCACUUGCAGUCACCUACUUUUGGAAGCAAUAAUUAUGUAAAGUGCCCAUUCAUCACUAGUUACUGGCUUGGGGUGCCACAUCUCUUCCUUACACUAAUGAUGGUGGUGGUGUACUUGUGUUUUCAUAACACAAGUUUUGUUUGUGGCAUUCAAAGGUUUGAACCCAUGGCUCUCCACAGUUCACUAGUCACAUAAUUAUAUUUUGGAGUUGGAUUUUAGAGUUUGGUAUAGGAAGCUGCAGAGGUGUAUAAUUUAUAAAAUAUAAAGGAUAACUGGAUCCAAACCAAUGAGUGCAUAGAUGGGGGACAUGAUCACAGAUCACAGAAGAGGGAGGGGAAAAUUUGGGAGGGGGGAACCCAGAUACACAGUUCAGGAAAAUCAGAUAAUUCUAUAGAAGCAUGAUAGUAAACACACAACAGAGUAUGUGGUAUGGUAUAUGAGGAAAGAUUUCUGAAGUAAAACGAAUGGCAGAAAUUAAUCAUUCUUUGUAUUGCAACCCAGUGUCUUCCUCCUUGUUACAUCUUAUUUAUAGUUUUAGAUUUGUGUUCUUUCUCUCUCUCUCUCUCUCUCUCUCUCUCUCUCUCUCUCUCUCUCUCUCUCUCUCUUCAUUUGGGAAGAGCUUCUUGUUCUCUGCAUGUAUUCUAUUACUUGUUCAUUAUAUUUACUCUUAUUGUGAGUUGUUCCUCAAAAAUUGGAAAUUUGUAGUAAGUUCUAUGGGACCAAACUACUGAGGUCACCGGUCCCUAGGCUUACACACUACUUAAUCUAACUUAAACUGACUUACGCUAAGGACAACACACACACACACACACACACACACACACACACACACACACACACACACACACGCCCGAGGGAGGACUUGAGCCUCCGAUGGGGGCAGCGCGAACUGUGGCGAGGUGCCUUAGACUGCACGGCUACCCUGCACGGCUCGUUGUUCCUCAGCUGUAUACAAUACAGGCAGAAUAUUUCUUUGUUCCUAUGUAGUCUGCAACAGUAAUCCCACUGUUUCUUUCUGAAAAUUAAGUUUAUAUUGUGUAUGUAGACAGAAGGUGUUAUGUGAUUCUUUAAAUAGCAGUUCCAUUAUAAGAAUCCAUGACUGUGAACACACAUUGUGGAAUGAGAAGGAUGUGAUUAUUAUGCACCAAAGUAGCACUGUCUGAUCAUCUGUUUACUCCUGUAUCAGUGUAAAUAGAUUUAAUAAUAAUAAUAAUAAUAAUAAUAAUAAUAUUGUUGCCAUUUAUGUUGAUUGUGCCUAUUAUUCAGGAAAAGUUGGUUGACAGUGUUUAUUACUGUAAUGAGAUUCUCUUUUUUGUGCACAUAUUUGAUGCAAAGCUCUUUUAUAUUAACCACCAUUGUGGAAAUGAAUGGUUCUAUAAAAAAAAAUAAUUAUGCUUGGAAAAAACAUCUUUGAAAAUAGAAGAUUCUUAAUCCUCAUAUGAUAAUUUAGUAUUAUUGAAGUCUCAUCAAGUAUCUUACAAACUGAAUGUUAUUUUAAGAUUAUAUUAUUUAGGUAUUGGUUCUUUUAAUUCAUUGUGGGGGAAGUUUAUCACAUAAGUUGCACCACACAAAGAUUUGACUAGAUGUGGAGAAUUGUCAGAAUGUGUAAUUUGUGGCAGAAGGGAAACGAUCACCAUGAUUAUUACCUUGAAUAUCUAGACCAUGUGCUUUACCUUAUAAACUUCUAGCAUUACAGAGGUAGUUAACUAUUAUUUUGACUUUAAAAUGUUGAAAAUUGCAGUGCACAUAAAUGUAGCACAGAUGUUUCUCCAAAUGAAUGUGACCAUUGAGUUUUGGGAAAACAGUUACAGCAUUUUCCCCUGUAACUCCUGAUCUUGGAGGGGUACUAAAUAACUUCCCCUAACCAACCCAAUGCACACGCGAUUUGGGCUACUGACUUGUAAGAAGUGUGAGUGCACAAGUCAUGAUCCCUUUUCCAUCUCCCUUUCAGAACAUGUAAUGGAAUUUGAAAUUAUACUGAGCUGUUAGAAUGAUAAGACUUCAUGUCGUGAGAACAGCUUCCAAAGUAAGGUUACUUUUACAAUGAUUCAUUUUAUGUUUUUACUAUCUGGUACAUGGCCACAUAAAUGAUUGUGUGAGGUAGGAGGAUUAGUGUUUCUCAUUGCUGUUUUUUAGAUUUCUCGGCAUCACUUUUCCUCUCUUAACUGUUAAGAUGUAGUCUUGAUGGAUAACCACUAAAGAAAUUCCUAGUUUGUCACACAAUAUAAGAUUGAUUGUGACCUUCCUAGCACUUCAGUCACUACUCAAGCAUAUUCAGUUUUCAUUCUUGGAAGGCACAAGAGUCACUAACGAUGAAAUUUACAAAUGUAAUUUCUCUCUUUCUGAUUUCUUCCUAUGCAGUUAGAAACAUUUUAAAAUGAUUGCUCUCUUCCUACAACUAUGACUAGAAGGGUUUCUUGUAUUUAGACCAAGCAGAUUUUGAUAUCUCAUUGCUUUAUUUCUUUCAUAUUUGCAUACCAGUAUGAUUUGUAUUUUAAGGAAGCAAUGCAAAUUGAGAAUAAUUUUAAUUUAUGGCACACAUUAAACAUUCGGAAAUUCUGCCACUUGUACUAUGGCACUGAUAAAACUUCAAAGAGUGUGAACUAUUUGAUAUUGCAAAUAUGUUGGUCUGGGCAGUGUUUGCAGUUACUUUCUGCUCAGAAAUAGUUAAACUGUGUGUGUGGUUUUUUAAUUUGGUGUCGGGAUAGAUGUUGGGUGUUGUCUUUACAUAUUGUGUAUGGGGGAAGUGUUUAUCAACAUUUAUAUUGGACUGUAUUCUUCAGCAAUGCAUUAUUUACUGUAGUGUGUUCUAGCUCUCAAACACUUUACUUCACCAUUAAACACAAGACUCUAAAAGAUGGAUGUUUAUAUAACAUCCUAUGUGUGUUUUCCAUCUGUACGUAAGUUUUCGUAAUGGGGUAUCUUAGUUCUGUUUUAUAUGAAGCAUAAUUGGAGGAACCGGUCAUGUAGCUAGUGUUUUAUUUUAUUGGAAAAACAAACCUUUUUUUUUUUUUGGGUUGAUGGUAUUAAGCUGCUAUCGUGUUAAAUAUAUAAACUUCAUUGUUUCUAGUAGUUGGACAUAUUGACGUUGGAUAAUAAUCCAGGUAGCAGACAUUUUAUAAGAGUAUAUUGCUACCUUUAAGAGCUCUUAAAAGUAUGGGUAAAGUAGCAUUCAUGAUGGUUAGCUAAUCAGUCAUGAGCAUGAGCAUUGCAUUCAGGUGCACAGAGAUAACUGUCAAAUUUUACAUAUUUCUGUGGUCCUUGCAGAGAAUCCAUUAAAUAAUCUUUCCCUAACCACAUCCAAUUUUUGUCCUGUCCUCCAUUUGUAAUUCAAAUUAUUAAGCUGGUCUUGCAUUUUCAUUGUUCAUUCAAUGCUUAAUGCCCAAACUCGAUGUAUAUUUUUUUAAUUUUUCAGUACUGUAUAUCUUAAGCCAUAUUUUUAAUGUUGAGUGAAUAACUUUAACAUUCCUUAUGUAUCCUGAAAUACUUCCUUAGAACUUAAGCAGUUUCGUUUCCCAUUUCUAUGCAGAGCAGUGCAUAGUUGGUAGAUAUUUUGGGGAAACUGUAUCAAUGUUUGGUUUUUGUCUCCCCUUUUUUAGAUGUCAGAGGACAAUAUUUCAUAGACUGCUGUAGGUGCUGUUACAGAUCUGUUAGCAAUUUCACUGCCAGAAUGUUUGUUUUGGACUCAUCAUAUACUUAAUUCAUAGAAAGCAAUUUUGUCAGUGUGCUGCGAAGUUCACACACUUAAGUGUUCACGUAUUGUAGUUUUAUGAAAUCCUUCAUGAGCCUGUGUUCACUUAAUGUAGUUACAUGAAAUUCUCCAUGAACCUUUGUGCCUUGAAUGUCCAUUAUCUUGCACAAAAGUAUUGUCACCUGCAGUAUUUUUGUUGUGCUUCUGUAAUUAAGGAAAGAAUUUUCUGAGUAAGUGUCUUCAGUGAGGAUAGAAAAAGGGAGAUCUAACCACUGAAAAAGUGUGGUAGAGUUCAAAAUACACCCAGGAUAUGCUAAAAUUAAAAAUUUUAAAACAUUGUAAGUUAGAAUUAACUGUCAUAUUCUUAUUUUAAGUUGAGCACAUAGUGACAUGGUAAAUUAUGAAAUUUGAUAGGACACAUGAGUGGGAGGAUUUUUUAUUUUACUUUCUCUCUUUGCUGUUGUGUAUCCAGCAUGGCAGUUGGUCAUCACGAUCCUAUGGGUUUCGUAAAAAUAUAGUCUAGCAAAAGGCUGCAUUUCUGUUCCAUUGUAUUUUUUCCAUAAACAUGAGAUUAUACAUGUUUUGUAAACUGUUGCUGAAAUCAUAUCUUUGUUCUUUUUGACAUUUAUAAAUCUAAUCGCAAAGCACAUUUCAGUAUAGUUAAGGCACGACUGAAAAAUUACACUUUGGUGGACUGAUUUUUCGUUGUUAAUUUUUAUACUGUCUUCAUGAAUUACAUGCUUUAUGUACUGAUAACCUUUAAAUUAGCAUGUGAGAUUCAGUGCAGCUUCUGGUGUGUGAUUGCCAUGUAAUGAAAUUUUGUGACCAUUUCUCAGAUCUCUGACAAAGAUUUAAAGCAAAUAACAUAUAAUACAGUUUACAGGUUUCCUGAAAAAAAAAAAAACCAAGUGAUAAGAAUUUUUUCAGCCUAUAUUGAUAUGCACAUAUAAUGUAGGUUAUUUGACACUUAUUUAUAAUAAUGUAACAAUGUAUUUGUUAUUGCAAAUUGUUAAAGUGUCAUUGAAGACUGUGAGACAAUGUAGAUACUGUGAAUAUUGUGAAAUAUUAGAUGAUGUAUAAGCUUAGCAUUUUGUAUUUAUUUAUGCUUGUAGAAUUUUUGAUUUAAUGAGGAGAAAUAUUUAUUUUACAAUGUGGUACUGUAUCAUAAUGCCUUUAAAAUUAAAUACUUUGUGAAAUCUUA